GUUAACUGGGGAAAGAUGCUUGUUAUUGUUUGCCCAAAACAGCGAGCGUAAUUUAUUGGAACGAUCGGCUUGGUGGUGUUUCUAGCUUUGCCUAUUAUUUCUAGACGGUUUUAACACCCUACUAAAAUAAGGCUACCACGAUGCCGUUCUCUUGCUGUUCUGCAACGUUUUGCAAAAACAACCGAUACAAUGUGAGUCGCAGGGGGUUAGAUAUAACGUUUCACACCUUUCCCCCACAGCACUACCCACUCACGAAUCAGUGGAUAAAAUUUUGCAAGCGUGAAAAAACUUGGAUACCUCACAAACAUUCGGUCCUGUGUUCGGCUCACUUUCGUGAAGAUGACUUUCAAAUGGUAAAUUCCCCCGUGAUUAAACAAGGCAAACGGAUAAGGCACCUGAAUGCUUUAGCGGUCCCCACCAUCAUCAACCGUACGCCGAUCACUGUAUCGACACGGGAAAAGCUAGAUAACGUGCGUAAGCAACUGCUGGAAAAGCUGUACACUGUGGACGAUAAUGCAGAUAGUGAACCACCGACGGGGAAUGAUCACACUUACAGCGAAGCAAAGGUCGUAACGGAAACGGAAAAGAAGGGUCCCGUGGAUGGAUGUCGGAAAAGCAUCUUUUUCCUGCAACGGUUUCCCAACGUUUGCGCAUUUUGCUUGCGUAUCAUACAGGAUCCGAACUUCUUCGUGCCGGUCACACACUUUCAAGACGAGCUAGAGUGUACGAUCGAGCAGAAGUUUGAUGAGCUAACGGGAGAUCCCAUGAGUCAAGAGGAUCGCAGCGAGGUUCAGCAUCUGCUACCGGACAAAGUGUGCAACGAAUGUGUGACGAUGAUAGUAAAAUUCCACCAAUAUCAAAGGCAGCUGGAGUGUAUAAAAAAGUUCAGCACCGGAAUCGCCCAUCUGCUGUACGGGAACGAGCAACCGUUGGAGAAUCUGUACCAAGAUCAGGGCUCCUAUUUGGUCAACAUGCUUAAACAUUUAGAUACGGCUCAAGGGACGCGGGUCAAUCAAUCGUUGGAACAGUUGCUGGAGGAAGUUACAUCGUACGGGAGCGUGAAGCGAAGUUCGGCGGCAACCGCCUACAGACAAAUUCCGGAAGAUGGUAUGUCAAUCGAACUGUGCGCAUCAAACGCGGAAGAAGAGCUGAUGUUCGAAAGCGAAAAAGAAGCACUUCCAUCGGCCACCAGUCCCACCCCAAGCUUACAGUCGCUCCCCACAGCAGGCACACGGAUUAAGCAAGAAGCCACCGCAGGCAAGGAUAAGAACAAGUCCAAACAAUUGUACACCUGCCCGUACAUGGAUAUAUGCAAACAAUGGUUUACUUCGCAAGCUGCAAUGCAACAGCAUGUCCGCGAGGUGCACAAAACUUUCGCGUGCCAUGUGUGUGGCUUCAAGAUAGCGUUCUACGAUCUCUACAAAAAGCACAUGGAGAGUCAUUCGAUCGCCCGUGCUCUACUGCUGUCCCAUAACAAGCAGAGCGCAGAGCUAGAAAUGGAAUAUCGUGAUAGUGAGGAUGCAUCUCAACGCCCCAAACGGCAUAAGAAAAAUGAAGCACAAGGAAACUAUGUGUGUGGCGGGUGUCUUGGUGUGUAUGCAAACAAUCUAGAAUUUAGUGGCCAUCAAUGUUUUUCGUCCAGCACAAGCCUUGCAACACCUCGAGAUAUCUUAAUGAGCAGUAGCAGCAAGAGCAAGACUAAAAGCCCCGACUUUGAAUCAAAUGCAUGGGAUGAUUCAAGGGCUGACAGGGCGAACAAUUCCACCAAAGGUAUUGGGCUACUUCAGAUUGAAUUCGUUUGAAAUGCUGAAAAUUGAAAUUAUUUUGCUGUUUUUGAGCCACUGCUCAGACAUUCUUCUUCUAAUCCGUUAGACUGUGGUCUGGAAUGAAUUAUUUUUUACUUGUAAUAUAAUAUUUUCACAAGUUUAUCGUUAAAGGAAGAGUCGCUAGCACACGCGGCUUUGCAACGUAUCGCGCUCGAUAUGGACUUAAAUCUCGACUGGGAUCGGGCAUCCAUCCAGUACAAGCAAAAUUAAAAUGAUUAUGCCGAGGGUAGUUUUGAAGGAUUAAAGGAAAGGAUGAAAUCAAGCUGAAGGAGGAAAGAAGACUUCAGUUUUUAUGAAUAAUUAUAUCAUACAAUUAUA